AUGUUAAAAGGAUAUCUCAAAGGUGUUGUAGACCUAUUGAACAAUCUAACUGAACCACCUGGUUCAGACAAGAGUCUAACUUCUGGUGAUACUCCGGAAGUUCUUGAGGAAGGAUGUAAAGAUGAUUCCGAUGGACCACGAACACUUAAUUCUGUGCCCAAUUCGCAGAGCGUUGAUAAUUCAGAAUCAAGUAGUGUACUCAGUUGGAUUCCAAAUUUAAUAACAGCCAAUGUUGAGAACUCCAUGUUGUUCUAUAUGGACUCGCUUGCAUCUAUGGGGAUAAAUUCAAAUGACGAUAACGAAAGACAAGUCGAUCAGGAAUCUGAAAAAUCAUUAGUUAUAACCGAAGAUAUUUCGAAAAUUGAAGUACCUGAAGUGUAUAAGUCACAAGAAGAUAACAAAUUGAUAACUCAUAAUAUAAAUUGUGAUUGGACGGAUAGAUUUUCAGUCAAAACUUCACAUGUUUGGAAACAGAUUAAAAAGGAUUUUAAUGAAGUUGUUCAUUCUGUCUCUGAACCAAAAGAUGUUGUAUGUCGUACUGCUUCUUCAGUUCGUGAUCGUAUCACAGCUGCUGCAAAUACAGUAAAGAAUCUAAAUCCUGAUGAAUUUCUGUUGCCGGAUAAUGAAUCGAAAACUGAUCAACAGUUUACAAAAACGGAAAAUAUCGUUGAAGAUGACUUAACAGCUUUACCACCAGCAUUGCCUAGCUUCUCGAAUAUUAAAAAAGAUGUAUCCCAGUUGGUUGGUUCUUUAUAUAAUGGUUUGAUGUCGACUGGCACGUAUUUGGGUUUAAUAACUGGAGAAAAUAAAUGUAAAGAUAAAAGUAAACACCAAACUCGUCUUGAUUUACUUAGAGCAGAUCCUGCAACAUAUGAAUUGGAACCACCAACGCCUCCAGUAUUGUCUGGUAUACAUUCAUAUCGUGAUUGGAGAUCAGCGUAUUUUGAUGAAGAUAAUUGUCAACCAAUGAAUGGUGUCCUGUUAGCAAAUGCUAAAAGUCCUGAAUAUAGUAAUGUUCCGAUUGAAGAACUUACACAAGCACCACAUCCUAGUCCUGAAGAAUUAUUAGAUUCAUAUCCUUUUAUGCGAACAUAUUUAACUCAACUUGUUCAUCCAGAUGGUAAAAUUAAUGAUAAAUGUAUGAGUGAUGCCGAUUUCUGGUCAAGGUAUUACUAUCGUGUUUGGUUAUUGGACUCAACUGAAUUUCAUAGAAGAAAACUUAAUGAACGAGUUGAAUUUGUCUCAACUGUCAAGCAAACAAUACCGAAUGAAUCUACACGGAAUGCUAACGGUACUAAUGAAACCUACAAAAAUCUAAAUGUUACUCAAGAUGAUGAAUGGCCAGAUAGUGAUGAUCAUACACCCGUGGAGAAUGAAUCAGAAAUUUCAAAUGAUGAAUUCAAAAAAUACUGUAAUAACGAUACUACUAUUAAUAUUACCAGAAGUGAUUCGCGAUUCCGUAGUAGAUCUUUCAACCAAGACAAUAUCACUGAAAAGAAAAUCCGUCGUAAUAGUGAUAGUAGUAGUGGUAGUAAUAAUAAUAAUGAUAAUGAUAAAUCAAAUCACGAAAGAAAGUCCAAGAGAAAACAUAGUUACAGAAAACCAGUGAAUAAAAGCAAACACUUGGGGAAGUUUAGUUGUAACAAGAAAGAAAAUUUGUCGGAUAAUCUUAAACCGGACAAUAUAAAAGUCGAAUGUUUAUCUACUCUACCGACAGAAGACCAAAAUUCAACAAAUGUUUUGUCAGAUUUUGAAGAAAUGACGUCUGGUUUAUCAUCAGUUGUGAUACUUACAGAUGAAGUUGAAAAUGAUGAAAUGACAGUUGUGAAAGCAGCUACAACAGAUAAAUCAAUCGUUCAUUCUUCUGAAAGACCUACUGUUGAAUAUAAAGCAUCAAUUUCUGAUGAUGAAGCUUGGAGUGAUUCCGAGAAUGAACGUAAAAAUUACUCAAUGGAUAAAACCAAUAAGAAGUCCGCUGAAGAUAAUAAUAAUCAAGAGGCUGUCACUAUUAAGAAUUCUGAGCUACAAUUAACUGAUGAGAUUGAUGAUUGGGAGAAAUGGUCAUAA